UUGAAGCUUUUUGACAUUCCCCGCGCUACUUCGGCCACUUCGCCCGGCACCGGGGCCUCUGCUGCUCUCCGCUCCUUUGUGGUUCGUUCCAAGUCGGUCACUUCUGUGCGAGAUACCUCUUCGACAGUCAAUUGUAUUCUUGCGGAUCGCGGGGAGCGCCUAGACCUGGAGAACCUCCUGGUAGCGCUGUUGCGUCGAAUGGCUGAAUGUAUCGAACGCACGGACCCUAAGGCACUGAAUGAUUUGAUUCGCGCAGACGUCAUUUGUUCGAUUGUAGAGGACCUUGUUUGCCAGUCCCAGUGUCCCGAUGCUCCGUCUGAUGGCCUCACUUGGAAUAGUUCUACUGCACUUGGUCUGAAACGAAGUAGCGUCCUGCAAAGUCCCGCCACAAGCCCUCUCUUCCGCACCCACUCAACCUGCGAGAGAGAGAUUUUGGGGGAACUGCUAACCCUGCAGGACUUUAUCCUCCUUCCCUUGAGGGACCUCCUGUCUCGACCGUUCAAUGCAGACGUGAGUAUUCCUCCAGUCCCUUUCUAUGCAUUUCCGGCCUUCCCCCCCUCCAUACUUCAGUCUCUUUAG